GACAUGGCCUGGGCAGGGCUAGAGCGCCCCGGCGACCAUAGAGACUGGGGGGCAGAGCGCCGCCGCCGCCGCGUCCUUUGCCUGCAGCCCGCCUCCGAGGCCGAGCGUCUCCUUCCUGCUGCCGGGACCCAGCGUGCUCGGUGCCGGCGCCGCCAUGCUGCCCGCUGCCCGCCCCGUAGGGGGGCCCUGCCUGAGGGGGCUCCGGGCCGCCGCCCGCCUCCUGCUCCGGCAGCAGCUGCCGGGAGUCUGUGCUGUGAGGAUGCUGCGGACCAGCUGCUACCAAAGGACAGAAGCCCUGGCCAGCGCCCCCUUGGAUAACGCCCCUAAGGAAUAUUCCCCCAAGAUCCAGCAGCUGGUGCAGGACAUUGCUAGCCUGACACUACUGGAGAUCUCGGACCUCAAUGAGUUGCUGAAGAAGACACUGAAGAUCCAGGACAUGGGGCUGAUGCCGAUGGGUGGAAUGAUGCCACCACCUGCAAUGCAGUCAGCCACUCAGGUAGCAGAAGAAGAAGAGGCCCCCAAGAAGCAGGAGAAAAUUCAUUUCACUGUCAAGUUGACUGAGGUGAAGGCUGUGGAAAAAGUAAAACUGAUCAAGGAAGUGAAGAACUGCAUGCAGGGGCUGAACCUUGUCCAGGCAAAGAAACUGGUAGAGUCACUUCCACAGGAAAUCAAGGCCAAUGUAUCCAAAGAGGAAGCAGAGAAGAUUAAAGCAGCACUGGAGGCAGCAGGAGGGACUGUGGUACUGGAGUAGAUGGCCCACUCAUGGCUGAGGGACUAGUGUACCUCCUGCCCAUGCGGGGCACCUGUCCACUGACUGUCGCAGGGUUCCUGUGCAUUUCCAGGGGGCUGAGAUCUGCCCUGCUUUUCUGCAGUGGGCUUUGCUCUGUUACGAUGGCCCUGCACCAGUGGGGUGUGUUCAGUGGGGGGGCUGACAUUUGUACCAGCACCGUAAUGAACUCUGAAUCUAUUAAAAAGGUGUGUGGGAGGGAAA